AUGAGCAAGAAUAGCCAGCUUGGUCCAAACCCUCGUCAUACCAAUGGGUUAUGCCUCUUGUCUUUGGAUGGCGGUGGUGUGAGAGGGUUGUCGAGUCUUCUCAUACUGAAAGACGUUAUGACCCAGCUCAACUCGGAACGUGAACAUGGCCAAGUUUUGAAGCCCUGUGACGUGUUUGAUCUGAUUGGAGGUACAAGCACAGGAGGUUUGAUUGCCAUCAUGCUCGGACGACUAAAUAUGAGUGUUGACGAAUGUCUUCACGCUUACACCGAAUUGAUGGAAUCGGUUUUUGGUGACAAGAUCAGCAAUGUCCCAAUGGACUGGUCUGGAAACAUUAGGCCUCAGUAUGACAGCCGGAAACUGAAACUGGCAGUUGAAGGUGUCAUUGAACGCUGUGGGCUUUCUCCAACCGACCCGUUCAAUGAUGGGACCCCUUGUCGCUCUAGGGUCUUUGUCUGCACAACGUCCAAAACCACUUUGCAAACCACACGUCUCCGAAGCUACACGGUUCCGAACGAGAAUGCACUAUCAGCGACGAUAUGCGAAGCAGCGCUGGCAACAUCCGCGGCAACAGGGUAUUUCGAACCCGUCACGAUCGAAGAUUGUCUGUUCGUCGACGGUGCUUUUGGGGCUAAUAAUCCCAUCCAAGAAGUGGAGGAAGAAGCAGCCGAUAUAUGGUGCACUGCAAGUCGUGAUCUGAAACCGUUGGUCAAAUGUUUCGUGUCAAUCGGGACAGGUAAUCCUGCACAAGUCCCAAUUGAUGACAAUCUUUUCAAGUUCCUUUCAAAGUCUCUUGUCAGGCUGGCAACCAAACCUGAAGGCACAGAGCGCCUGUUCUCUGCGCGUUGGCGCAGUGAGAUAAAAGAGAAGAGAUUCUUUCGCUUCAAUGUUGAACAAGGAUUGCAAGGAAUACACAUGACCGAGUUUCAGAAGCAGAAUCUCAUCAAAUCUGCAACAUAUACCUAUCUUCAUCAUUCCUCCCAAAAAUGUUGCGUGCGUGAUUGUGUUUUGACUCUUGUUGAUAAAGAGGGGAAGACCAAUGUAGAUUUUGAAACUACCAUAAGGGAAUACGGCAAUCGGACUUCUCGGAAUCGAGUCCUGAAUGCAAUCCCUCCUGAAGGACGCCAUUCCUACGCUGCGAGACCUGUAGGCUGGGUCAUUCCAUUUGAAAGAAACACUCGAUAUGUUGACCGCGAAGUCGUGGGUAAGGUUAAGAGAAGACUCUUCAUUAGGAACCAGCCUGAAAGAAUCGCCAUUUUCGGCCUUGGGGGAGUAGGCAAAACACAAAUAUCUUUGGAGCUGGCAUAUCAAACAAAAGAACUAUAUCCAGACUGCUCUAUUUUCUGGCUGCACGCAUUGAAUAUGGAAAGUAUUCAACAGGCAUACCGGAUGGUAGCGGAGCAGCUCAAGAUUGACAUCUCGGGGGCAGAUGCAGACGUUAAGGGUCUUGUGCAGAACCAUCUCAGUAACCCAACCGCAGGUCGAUGGCUAUUGAUUUUUGAUAACGCCGAUGAUUUCGAUAUGUGGAAUGAGAACGAGGAUUCAACAGCAGGACGGUUGAGAAACUUCCUUCCCCACAGUGACCAAGGGGCUAUUGUUUUUACUACCCGAAGUAAUAAAGUAGCUCAAUAUCUGGCUGCCACAGACAUUAUCGAGAUUCCGGUGAUGGAAGAACACAAGGCCAUUCAUGUCUUGCGAAAUUCUUUAGUUGAUAAAGAGCUUCUCCAUGACGCCGAAGGCACUCGACAGCUUCUCGAUCGGUUGACAUUUCUUCCUUUGGCAAUUGUUCAAGCCGCAUCUUUUAUCAAUCAAAACUCAAUGGAUAUCAUGAGCUAUGUUAAUCUUUUGGAUAAACAAGAGCAAAAUGAGAUAGAUCUUUUGAGUGAGGAUUUCGAGGAUCAUGGCCGUUACAAGAGCAGUCGAAACCCUGUUGCUACUACGUGGCUUACGUCUUUUGACCAAAUCCGAAAACAGUCUCCUUUAGCUGCCGAUUUUCUCUGUUUCAUUUCCUGGGUUCAAGAAAGAAACAUUCCCAUCGUGCUUCUGCCGCCAGCAACGGGAGUUGAAACACAGAAGGCCAUCGGUGUUCUGCAGUCUUACUCCUUUGUUCGGGUCAAUAGCGGGGGAUCAACGCUUGACAUGCACCGACUGGUGCAGCUUGCCUCAAGAAAUUGGCUUCGUUUGCUUAAAGUAUCCCAGGCAUGGCAAAUUUGUGCGAUGCGACACUUGUGCGAAGGUCUGCAAGUUGUAGAUCAGGGGCGUUCUCGGGUUGAAUGGCGAGUCAUGAUCCCGCAUGCCCUACAUAUCCUCAACUGCACGACUGGUGAGCCCCCUACGACUGAAAGAACCCAAGUCUUGGUCAUGGUAGCUUGGUGCCUUACUUAUGAUGGAAGAUAUAGAGAAGCGGAGCCGCUUUUCUAUGAGAUCAUCGAUGGCAGCAUGAACUUGCAAGGCAAUGAAAGUAUGCAUAUUCUUUCAGGGCUCGGUGGACUUGCAACCAUUGCUAUGAGCCAAGGAACAUCUGAAAAAGCCAUUGGGUUGUUCAAAGAGAUCCUACGGAUCAGAACCAAUAUUCAUGGGCCUGAUCAUCUUGAUACAAUCCGCGCUGUUACGCAGCUGGCAGGCUCAUACCGUAUGGCCGAAAAGUUCGACAAUGCGGAGAUCUUAUACAAGAAAGCCAUUAGACAUUACCUUGCGACCCUCAGACCCGAUUCCACUGAGACUAUGGACGCAAUAUUUGGGUUGACAAUGGUUUUCAAAUCCCAGGGGAAAGUCUCGGAUUCGGUAGAGUUAUCUCAUCAGUCACUUCAAAUUGCGAGAAAUACCCUGGGCUCUUGCCACAUCCAGACAGUCUUUGCCAUGGUAGGUGUCGCGAUCAUAUAUGUAGAGCAAUGGCGAUUGAAAGAGGCUCAAGCUUUGUUCACUGAGGCGUUUGACAUCCAAAAGGAUCUUCUUGGACCUGAGCACCCAGCCACGAUUAGAAACAUGGCCUGGCUUGCUACCACAUUGGCAUAUCAAGGACAAAGAGCUGAAGCAUUUGGAAUGAUGAAGGAAUGUAUACGUCUUCAUGGUCAAGUCUUUGGGGAUGAACACCCUUAUACGGAAAGCCUCAGCGACCUACUAGAGGGGUGGACGACGUCAAAGUCGAUGUCAUCGUUUUUAAAAAACAAUUUUAGCGGUUUUCGACGCUCCGAGAUGAUGCAAGAACGAAGAGGCCAUUACCCCAAAGUCAAGGUUUACGGCAUCUUUCACGCUUCGCAGCAACCGAAGAAUGACCCUUUGGUUCGCGAAAUCAAAGAAGCUAUAAAUAACAUGGCGACAGGGGACACGCUUCCAGAAGUGACACGAGGUUAG